AUGGAAGAAGCUAUAGGUGCCGAAUGGCGUGGGUCGCAUGGAUACCUGCCUCAUCACGACGUCGAACAGUACUCGAGUGAACACCGACAGAGCGUCUCCGACCAGCAACAGGGCCUUUAUGAGGGUCCACGCGCUUCCGCUACUAAUGCGCGCUCAACCAAAGAGAGGCCUUGCGAUGCCUGUCGCAGACGCAAGACGAGAUGUGUCAAGGAGAAAGGCGAGACUAAGUGUGUCCUGUGCAAAUUUCACAGCCAGGAGUGUACCUACUUGCACGAGCCAGUGGCCAGGACCAGAAAGCGAAAACUUCAACCCAAUGACGAGAUAGAUAGAGGACACGACGGCCUUCAUAUCCUUCGGACGAACGAAGGAACUUGUGUCGAAGAGUACGAUGACCUUCCUGGGGAAAGCUUGCUCAAGAAGACGCUUGGUCUCCAGAACAAGCACCAUGCUCACUUUGUCGGCCUAACUGAACCUUUCUCGUUCCCACGGUUUUCAAUCACACUAGGGAAUUCGCAAAAAUCUACGCAAGGUGGUGUGGUCAUGAUCCGCAAAGUCGACGAUUUCAACGCUUUCACAAUUCAUGAAGACCAGGGAACCAUCGGCUACGACACCGAGCAGAGUCGAUUGGACGCGAUUCAGCAGCUGGUAGAGCCUUAUGGACAGGCCCUCAUCGAUCUUUACUUCCGCAUCAUUCAUCCGUCAUUUCCUGUCCUUCAUAAAGGCGUCUUCCUCGAGAAGGCUGCACGUUCCUAUCGCGAAUUUUCACCUGCACUUCUGGCGGCUGUAUACCUUAUAACAACCAAUUACUGGAGAUGCUCGCCAGCCUUAGCAACCAAGCCUAAGCCAGAUGCCAAUCGGCUAUACGAGUUGGCAAUGGAGUCCUACGACCUUACGAUUUAUCGCCCUAAGCUUUCGUCGGUUCAAGCCGGUCUCUUGAUCGCACAGCAUGAAUGCUAUGAUUCAGAUGUCGUGAGUAGUGGGUCUAGAGGCAAACUUACAGCACAACUGGUUUCAAUGUCAUAUACUCUGGGCCUCCAUCUAGACCCUUCAAGAUGGGAUCUGCCGGCUUGGGAAAUCAGCUUGCGCUGCCGUCUUGCCUGGGCCGUAUAUGCGCAGGACAAAUGGGUGGCCCUCAUCGAAGGCCAACCGCCCCUGAUCUCGGAUCGUGACUGGAUCGUACCACCCUUGCAGCACAAUGACUUCCCAGACCAUGAAGAACAUAACGAGGAAGGCAGUGCCGAAGUUGAGAAUAGUCGAAUCAUUUUCAUCCAGAUGAUUGAGCUUACUAGAUUACUCUCUGAUAUUCUUGAGGCGGUUUUCAGCUUGAGAUCGCAUCAUGUCAUACAGACAUCAGCCGAUCCAGUUAGCACCCUUCUCAGCAGGGUGCAACCUUUACAGCGCCGACUCAGUGCUUGGUCCGAUUCGGCAAUGGAAGUGCUAUGUUUGGAAAAAGCUUCUACUAUGCGAUUGACCUGCAUAGGAUAUUUGAGGCUUGCCUACCUUGCUGUUGAGGUCAGCCUGCAUCGACGGAUCAUAUGCCAAACCAUGUCUUGUGCGUCAGAUCCAAAUACAGCUGCGGCAUGCCGUAUAGGUGCCAAGAAAAGUUGGUUGUCCGCGCUCGAAUUCGUGGACAGUUUGAAAGCACGCCACCUCAAGUCCUUCUGGUACUUCAGCUCGACCGCAUGCUUGACAUUGCUGAUCUCCUUCGGCAAUGUUCUCGUCGGCUCGGCCUUUGACUCCUCCGAAGAACAAUUCUAUCUCGACAAGCUCAAGGAAUUUCGCUGGACUUUGAAGAUCAACGGCGAGAUGGGAGCAAAAUUCAUGAAUGUUGCCAUCAAGUGGAUGAUUCUCGACCCCAAAGAAAUCCGCAAGCCAGAGCGUCAUGUCACAAGCUCCGUCACUACUCCUGGAUCUAGGUCUGAUGCAGGAUUUGGCGUUUCAUCACAAAACGCAUUUGGAAGCAUGGCUGUCCAGUCGAGUCAACCCCCUAUCGGAUCUUCUGAUGUAGGAUCAGGCUGGGUUGCGCCUACGACAUACGGUACCCCCUCAUUAUUCGCUGGAUUCAAUCCUGGUAUGCCUGUACAAGUGCCAUACAUUCCAGGUUAUACGUGGGCGCCGCCUGCCUUCGAGAAUGGUCAACCGGUGAAUCACUACCUCGACCAUAUGCCUGGCUGA